UGUGGCAGAGGAUUGAAGGUCAAGAGCCCUGCCAGCGGCUGCCUCUAUGCAUCGAUUACUCAGAACAGUGAGGAGGCAUCACAUUGCAGGAAGAUCGUGGCAACUCUGGUUGGGACAGUUUUCAUGCUCAUGGACGGGAGGCUCACACCCCUGACAGCUUCAUCCGCUACGUUUCCAAAGACUCUGCAUUUAGAAGGGAAAGCCCGUCACGGUGGGCUUCGGGCCCCCCCGCAGCCUGGCUGAGGGCCCUCCCAUCAGGAGGCCCUUACCAUGAAGCCAGCCAGCAUCUGUGGCCCCUGAAAGGAAAGACCAGGCAGGCGGAGGCGGAGGCGUCGACAUGGGGCUUAAGCUGUCCUGUCUGAAAGGCUUUAAAAUGUGUGUCAGCAGCAGCAGCAGCCACGAUGAGGCCCCUGUCCUGAGCGACAAGCACCUGGAUGUGCCCAACAUCAUCAUCACCCCCCCGACCCCCACGGGCAUGAUGCUGCCAAGGGACUCCAGGAGGACAGUCUGGCUGGAAGAGACGGGGUCAUGUCCGGAGGAUGGAGAAAUAGACCCCGAAGCCUGAGAAGGAAGAACGGGUCUGGGAUUCGUUGGCUCUGGCUCCGGCUCUGGUCAUCCCUCGUUCCACGUGUCCCCGGUGCGGGGUAGCCGCCUGGGACAGAAGUGCCGAGUAAGCCGGAUGGGAGAGUGAUUUCAGCACUUGACCAGGAGAAGUGUGGCAAGAUGAGCCAGGGACCAGCCCUGCACGCUUGCAGAACGAUGUUUCCCUGGCCCCGUUGGUGGACCGGACCUCUGAUGCCUACACAUUCUUGCUGACCCCAGGGCCAUGGUGAUGGCCAUCAGGGUGCCAGGGAGAGGUUUUCUUCUGGACACACACACUCCCGCACCCUGGACCAUGCAGACGGUGCCCAGGAGAUCAGCACACACAAGAACUUCUUGCAAAGGAGUGGCUACAUUUUUUACACGUUGUUUUACAGAUCUCAAAACAGUCCAAAAGUGAUUUAUAAUUUUUUUUUGCAUUAUAAAUAAAGAUCCUCUGUAACGAAUGGUAAA